GGGGGCGGGGCCGAGAGACUGGCAGUAUGGCGGUGGCCACGGGAGAGUGGAGUAGUGCCGUUCCUCCGCUCUCACUGCUCAGAACGCUCCACAGCGUCGGCAGUGGUGGUGGUGCUGCGGGACGGGCUGUGACUUAGCUUCAUGCCUCGAUCCCUGCCAGUGGCAUAACACGGGCUCAGCAAAGAAGAUGCACGUGUCCUGUUGGACACCGGGAGCCGAAGUGUAAAUUUUAGAAAUAUACAACAAAAAAAGUGCAAAAUCAGGUCGAACCAGACCAUAAAGUUGUUCUGCGAGUGACUCGCAUGUAUCAACGCUGAAAAAAAUAUAUAUAAAAUAAAAUAAAAAAUCAAUAAAUAUAUAAAUCUCUUGAAAGCGGCGCGUGUGUUAAGUACAUCUUGUUAUCAGAGUUAAGUGAGCGAGGAAAGAAUUAAGAAACUGUGAACACACCUUGAGCCACAUCGAACUGUUGAUGAUUCGCUGUGGUCAGGUGUCAGUGUCGUAUGUGCAUUAGCACUGCACCCGGGAGUACAUGAAGCUGGCGCCGCACUGAUCUGUGCUCCUACAAGCGACCGAAACUCUUCACCACCACCUGGUUCACCGUCCACAAUUCCAGUGCCUGGUGAGGUGACGCUCGUAAAGCCAUAUGGGAAUUUGCUUCAUCGUGGCAGGCCGCACAAGUCAGCUUGAAUGCAAGAAAGACUGAGCAGCGGUAAAGUGCCACCCAGAACACAAGGCCCCACCACCAGGAUGCGGGUGACGGGCGUGGUGGGCGGCCUGUGGGGUGGAGGAGGCGGGGAGGAGGAGGUGGACGUGGAGGCACAGUUCCCUGCCCUCACACCUGGCACUCAGCAUGCAGCACAGCCUCGUUCAGGAGAGACAGAGAAUGGAGGGGAAGGUAGUGGAUCAGACUCCCAGAGUGAGAGUGGGAUCAGCAGCAGUGGUGGCAGCAGCACCAGCAUCACUGCUCAAAAACGAAAGAAAUCAAGCAUAGUUGGGUCAUCAGGUCCCCCCCGGCGGGGGAAGAAGAGACGGUCAGGCGUGUCAGCUCGAGAAAGAAAUUUGAGAAGACUAGAGAGUAAUGAGCGAGAGAGAAUGAGGAUGCAUUCGCUUAAUAAAGCCUUUCAGGAGCUGCGGGAAGUCAUCCCACACGUCAAAAUGGACCGGCGGCUCAGUAAGAUAGAGACUCUAACACUGGCCAAGCACUACAUCAUGGCGCUUACCAACACUGUUUGUGAUAUGAGAGGAGACGAAAAGCCAUACAAAUUUUUAGAAGCAUUUGUCAAUCAGGAAGGACAUCCUGAUGAUGAUGAGGAGGAGGAAGAAGAAGAGGAAGAGGAAGAGGAGGAAGAGAUGGAAGAAAUAAACAAUAAUGGUCUUACACAAGUCCUAUAAUUGUUAGUUUCAUCCAGAAAAUUUGGUAAGAGGGGCCAAGUAUUAACUAAAAUUCCAUUAAGUUAAAUUUUUGCUCUAGAAACACAAAAUACGUAUGCAUUGUCAGGUGACUGUAUUGAGGUGUUGUAGGUCUGUCUGUAUAGUAGAGCUGUGAUCACACAGCAGUUUCAAGUGCUCACACAUGUUGCUUUGAUUUUACUCUCCAGUCUCUUGUUGAAGCCUUUUUUCUCCACCAGAAACCUUUGUUAUUUGCUGUAUUUCUUUGAAAAUAUGCUUAGUCAUUAUUUCUAAUUUAUUUGAUAUCUAUAGUAUUUUGCUUAUAAGUUUCUUUAUUUUUUUAUGUAUUUCAAGUUUUUGAAAUGUUUGAUAUGGACUUAAUGUUUUUCUGUGGAAUAAGUAACUUGCAGUAACAACCAAAAGUCUAACUACAACAAAUAUCUGAGUGUCUUUGCUUUAUCAUUAUAAAAUAAUCUUGCUUUAAAUAAUCAUCAAAAUGAAGCUAGACUUCUGUAAUAAGUUUCAUUUUGCAGGAUUGCCAUUUCCUUUUCUCUAGAAAAGAGCCAUAUGAGAUUUUGCUGUAUAUAUAUAUAUAUAUAUAUAUAUAUAUAUAUAUAUAUAUAUAUAUAUAUAUAUAUAUAUAUAUAUAUAUAUAUAUAUAUAUUCAUAAGUGUAGUAAAUUCAAAUGUUACAGAGUUCUGCCAUCUCUUUGUAAUAAUCUAAGCAAGAAUAUAGAUGAUUACAUCAUCUUAACUUAAAAGCCAUAGCUUGACAAAACUUUUUAGAAGUAGUAUAUCCAGAAUAUGUAGCAAACAUAUCUGAUGAGAAUUACCUAUUAUGAAAAUUCCAUGGUACAUUUUUUUUUCUUUUUUUUUACAGUAGAGUAUUAAAGUGUGUAUUAAUUUACUGUUAUUGCUAGUGCAAUAAAAGCAACCUAAAGAUGUGUUCAUCAGAAAGUAAGGUUUGAUGAAACAAAUUGUUGUAGUUAGAAGAUAUUUUCAAUAUUUUCAAUUCAGAAGGAAUAAAUUCACCAUUAAGCUGCAUGCAUGCACAAUGAUCUUGUUAGUAUGUAAUAACAAUGUGUUAAUGUGUUCAUCUGCACUGGGAAUCAAAAUGUUAUACAAACCACAGAUUUUGAUGUUUUUAUAUAUAAAUUGUGGCAGAGAAUGAGAUUCAAACACUUUUUAUUGGGGGGAGGGAGGAAGAGGAGCUCAGCUAAACAAACAAGCAAGCACACACACACUUAAAAUACAGGAAGAUCUUUGCUAAUCUUCAUGGAGUCAAGUCCAUCAUUUACAAACUUCACAAUACUUUUGACGUUCUCAUUUGCUGAGCCAGGAUUAACAAUAGAAACUUUAUGAUUCACACUAGAAGAAAAUUCCAUGGAAGAUUUCUUAGUGGUAAUAGAAUCUUCAGUAGUAUAUGACAGUAUAUGAUUUUAAAGAUAUGAUAAUUCAUAUAUAAUCUUGCAAGCAUUCUAGUUCCUUAGAAAUUCAUAAUGCUGGUGCAUUCUAUCUAUCUGUGCAAGGCUUACUCCAGGAUGUAGUCAGAACUUGUUUGAUUUUAAAUCUGACAACUUUAAUUUAAAAAUUUCAUUUGGGAGCUGUGAUAGUAUUGUCCUCAGUCUGAAGUGAAACUCUCCCUUGUCGGUUCAUUCUUUCUAUGGACUUUUGUCCCAAAAAUUUCCUUCUUGUUGAUGUUUUGAAGAUUUACCAUUUUGAUGUGUUGUAUACAGUCCAUGUGAGUUUCCCUGACUAGUACACCUUAAGGCUCCUCAUAAAGUUUUCAUUGUUAUUUAUAAUUCCUUUCACUUCUGCACAAAUCUUGCAUCCCUUAGUCUUUUUCAUGAAAAAGUCAGUUUCACAAGUUUUGCUUUGAGAAGCUAUAACAAUUGAAAAUCCUCUUGGCUUGGUUGGUCUUGUUAUUCUGUUCUGGGCAAUAUAAAUUCAUAUGCAUAUUUAACAUAUUCCCUUGGCAAAGAAUGAGUGUUCUGCCAUAAGAAAUUUCAUUACGGUAAUUAAUUUGUGAAUGUUUUAUGUUAUGACAAUCACUUAUUAUAAUUUUUCCAUAUGAAUGACAGAGUCACUUAUUAUAUUUUUUCCAUAUGAAUCAAACUAUUGUAUCAUCUACAGCAAUUUUUUAUUUAUUUAUUCUUUUUUAUUUUAGUUAAAAGAUUUUGAAUUUUUUUUUUUUUUUUUUUUUUUUUUUUUUUUUUUUUUUUUGUAGGGACGCAAAACAGUGCAAUCUCUUAAUGUAAUAAAUAAAAUAUUUUAAGGAAGUCCUCACUAAAAGUCCUGUUCGCUUUGUGCUCUGAAGAAGAUUUGCAAUUAUGAAAUUAUUUCAGGAUUUAAAUCUACUUUAUAGGACCAUAUUCUACGUCUUGGCAUACCACAAAUCUGUUGAAAAGUUACCGUAGCCAUGUAAUAGAUUAAUUACUUUACAUUAGAAAGGCUCAUUAUGCUGCUGUAGUUUGCUGCUAUUAGUUUUUUUUUCCAAAGAUAUUAAAAACCACUGUGUUAAGUUUGUUGCAAAUAAGAAACUUGGAUGUUAUAAUCAAGAAGUAAGGAGAGGAAGCAAUGAUAUGGAACUUUGCAUCAACACAAUUAACCUUCAAAUUGAAGAAAUUUCUGAUGGUUAACAAAUUGGUAGAAAUAAUGACUAUGAUGUUUCAGCCUUCUUUUUUUAUGUGAAUACCCUAAAAAAUACUCACAGGUGUUAAAAUAACAAAAUUUUAAACAUUUGUUUACUUUUUCUUUUAUUGAGAAUUUCAGAAUUAAAAGCCUGAUUAAAACAGCUCCUGGUCUCAUGACCAAUGCCAUAUUAAGAAUAUACUUACAUAAAACUGGCAUAUGUAUACAUGAAUAUUUCAAAUGUACAUGUGUCAACCUCAGCAGUCAAAUACAAUUAUCAAAAUUGCAAGUUAUUGUCAAUGCAAACUUAUUAGUUGAAUAAUAGAUAUGGAUAUUUAUUGUUUCAUAUAAGUAUGAAAUAAAUAUAUAUAUAUAUAUAUAUAUAUAUAUAUAUAUAUAUAUAUAUAUAUAUAUAUAUAUAUAUAUAUAUAUAUAUAGGGUUGAAAAGAUUGCCUUUUCAAAUAAUGAAUGAAAUGCAAUUAUAUAUGCUCACACAAGCAUAAGGUGUGUGCAUGUAUUGAGUGUGUCAGACCAAAAGUAUUGGACGUAUAGUGGGGAAUGUGCUGUUGAUGGCAAACAGUGCUCCUGCCUUGGUGCUGGAUAGGUCAAGAAGUGUGAAAAGACAAGGUUCUUUGUAUGAACUUUGUGCGAAAUGACUGUUACUUGGCAUUCCUUCAACUGAAUGGAAUCAUUGCUAGUAGUCUUUUCGAUGUAUUGAAAUUAAUCCUAUAAUAUAUGAAAAGACAUUGCAGUAUAGUGAUGUUGAUUUGAGAGUUGUGGAAUAUCAAUGAUUUUGUUCUAGAAGUAGAAUUGUUGUACAUUAUAGUCAUUAAGUAUCAUAUAUGAAUGCUAAUUGGUAGCUACUGCAAGUUUCAUGAGCACUUACUUUAUCAUUAUCAUAUUCAUCACAUCACCAAAUAUGAACUUUUAAAAAAUCUAUAUUAAUCCUCAUUAUCAUAUCAUUACUAAUAUUUGUGAUUCAUAUAAGAAAAAGGCCUUCCAUUUUCAUUUUCAGUAUAUAUGCUAGUACAUCUGUACAUUAGAAAGUUUUGUAAGUACCUUAAGUGUCUUUUGCUGUGGCUAAUUCACUUCCAUCUGAAAAAAAUAUUUCACAUGUGGUGCACUACUUUGUGGUAGUAAUAAUUGUUGAGAUUUUUGUUAAUGGAGCUGUGAACUAGAUUACACACACACACACACACACACACACACACACACACACACACACACACACACACACACACACACACACACACACACACAC